AUGCGCCAGCGAAAGCGCGCAUCUGACGUGCCAGCUUCGCCGGUACUCUUGAACCCGAAUGUGGACUUGAGCGAGGAGUGGCGGGAAAUGAACACGAAUCAUGGUGAGUACAGAGACGAGCAGCAGCCGCGCACGCUGAGCGAGUUCCGCGAGCAGCUGCGGCGUAUUCACAAAGCCCGAAGCAAGCGCAGCCUCGAAUCGGAAGAGGAGGAGGACACCUUCUACCGCACUGUUGACGGAAAGCCCAAGGACUAUGCCCUCCGUUUCAUUUUCGAGUGGCUCUGCACGGCGAAUCCAACCAAGGCACGCCUGCGUGUGGAGCGACUCUACUGGAUCGCGGGGAAGCAGUUUCUAUACGGCUUUUUCAUGUCUGGUGUGGGCACGAUCCUGAUGCUGGUGGGCAUCGGCUGCGCUGCCCAGUAUUGCGUAGAAAAAUCACGUGGUGUGGGGGUGAUGCUGGGGGCUUUGCUGCUGUGUGUCCCCGGGUACUACUCCCUCUUCGUCUUGUAUAUGUACGUGUCAUGCCGUGGUCAGUACACUUUUUUACAGUUGCCGGAGGUGUGA